AUGCAGCAACCAGAGAACCUCCCAUACGGAGGGACCACCACCGGCGAGGCCCUCAACCGAGAGGUCCUCACCAUCGAGAUACGUGAGGCCCGCGACCUGCUCGCCGGCGAGCUCAUGAAGUCGUGCGAGCCGUAUGUGGUGAUGACCAUGUACGACAGCUCGGGCCGCCCCAUCGGCACCCGCAAGACCAACGUCGUCGCCGGAAGCCUCAACCCCUACUGGAUGGAACGCUUCGAAUUCCAGCUGACGCAGUGGGACAAGGAGGGCGGCUACGUCGAGGUGACAGCCAUCGACAACCGCAACAAUGAGCGCCUGGGCUACAUCCGCCAGCCCCUCUUCAGGCUCAGCGAAACGGGGGCGAUGGAGGGCUGGUACUACCUGGACCGGACGCGCCACCACUCAGCCGCCCUCUACUUCCGCAUGCUCAUCCACCCGUACCGCUCGCUGGGCGCCCCCGCCGUCGGCACCGGUCUUGCCUCAGGCAUCAGCGCGCGCCAGCCGGCGGCGGCGACCGGAAUCGGCGUGUCAGGCGUCGGAUCGCGCACGCCGCUCGGCCCCACGGUGUAUGGCGCCACCAGCGGCGCGGCGGACGGCUUCGCCUCGCCGUCGGGCCUGCCCAUGGGCGCCGCGCCCGCCACCUCCACGCCAGCGGUCGGCGCUCCCGGCAUGACGCCCGUGGUGGGUCCCGUGAUGGCCCGCGAGCCGGGCACAGCACCGCUGUUCGUCAUGCGGCACCGCUUCUGGGCGCUGGCCAACACCUACGAGGUCAAGGACUCCCAGGGCCUCCUGCUCUACAGGUUGGUUGGGAACUUUGCGGACAAGCUGGACGACAUCAGGAUCGCCGAUUCGACCGGGCACGAAGUGGGCUACAUCCGCGAGGAGUCGUCGCUCAUCAGCCGCGUCUACCGCAUGCCCACCUAUCUCAUCUCGGUGUAUGGCACAAGCGCGAAGCUGAAGAGGAAGCUCAUAAGCAUCAACGAACCCAUCUUCUCCCUCCGCCCCUUCAACGCCGCGAGCAUUCACGCCAAGGGCCUCACUGCCGAGCUUCUCAGCAACUUCGCCGAGAACGAGUUUAGCUUCUAUCAGGGAGACACGAUCAUCGCCGACGCACGGCAGGGCCAGUACGGCAUCCGGGUGGCCCCGACCUUCUCCAAUCCGCUCCUCAUCCUCGCUGCCACCGUCGCCAUGGACAGAAUCCACGACGUGACGGGCAUGCGCCCGAUCUCUGGCGUCUACAGCGACUCCAAGACGCUGAUGUCUAAGGUCACGCGCCGUGGCAAGAAGAGGCCCACCGUGGUGACCACCACCGCCACGCCCGUGGCCACCACCACGGCCAGGACAGCCGCGCCCGUUGUCUCAACGACUACAACGACCACUGCGGCCGCGCCCCUCGCUGCAGCCGUGGCCACCCCUGUGGCGCCCAUCGUCACGCCCGUUUCGACCCCCGCGACGCCUGUGGCCGCUACGCCCAUCGUCACCCCCGUGACGGCCGCGGCGGUCACGACCAACCCCUACGCCGCCUACUACGAUGAGCGGGGCGUCCCCACGACCCCGGUCGUGUCCGUCACCACCGUGCCGAGGGGCGAAAGCCGCGAGGGCCUCGAGUACUACGGCACCAGUCUGGGCACCACCGGACUGGGCACCACGACCGCUGCCGCCACCAUGCAGCCCCGGGCCGAGCUGGCGGCCAGGGAGACGCUGAGGCAGGAGACCGAGCAGCAGAUGAUGCAGGCCGAGCGGAUCGAACUCGCCCAGAUGGGCGGCGGCCCAUCGACGAUGGCGACUGGCGGUCAGCAGUACGCCGCGCAGCAGCAGCACCUGGAGAAGGAGAGGGACCAGAAGAUGACCAGUUCCGAGAUCAGGCAGGCCCAGCCCGUGCAGAUCCCCAUCAUGGGCGCCGGCGCCUUCGACUGA